AUGACCUUUGCUCCUUUAAAAAACGACCUCAUCUUGAGGGCCGCCCGCGGCGAAAAGGUCGAAAGACCUCCUUGCUGGAUCAUGGUAUGUUUUGGUGAAAUAUCCGUCGCAAAACUCCUUCUGUGGCCCCUUCAAUUCUUCAUUUUUGUGUAUACUAACGGCUAA